AUGUUCUCUUUGAUCUUCAUUUUCUGGUUUCUGAAGAUUUCCUAUAUUUUUUGUCAUUUGAGUAACCCCAGAUGCUUUUGGAGAAUAAAAGACACCAAAGACAAACUAGGAGAUAAAGAAACUUAUUGUUUCUUUUCUAUUUCUGCAAAGCAUGGUUAUAUAAGGAAUGAUUAUUUCAGUUGGAAUCUAGACAAGCACGUGACACCCAAGACCAACCAUUUGAUUUUCUCUGUUUAUCUUGCCUUGGAAGAAAUAAAUAAGAACAGCCAUAUUUUACCCAACAUUUCUCUGGUAGUUAAUAUUGAAUGUGUCCUACUAAAAUAUGGAGAGAAAACUGGUUUGGGUUUGAAACAUGAAGAAUUUAUUCCUAAUUACUACUGUGCAAAUGAGAGAAGAUAUUUAAUUGUACUUACAGCUCCUAUAUGGGCAGUAUCUACAAAACUAGGACCAUUCCUGUUCAUGUCCAGAAUUCCUGAGCUUUACUGUGGUCAUUUUCAUCUUCCUCUAAGUGAUAAUGAACAAUUUCCUCAUCUUUACCAGAUAUCUCCAAAAGAUACAUCUCUACCACUAGCCAUGGUGUCCUUAGUGGUCCAUUUCAGAUGGAACUGGAUAGGAGUGAUCAUUACAAAUGAUAACCAUGGAAUUCAAUUCCUUUCUGAAUUGAGAGGAGAAACGCAAAAACAAAUUGUAUGUUUAUCAGUUGUGAUUAUUAUCCAAACUGAUGAUAUCACGGCAUAUAAAGAGUAUCAUAUGAAUUAUAAUAAAAUUGUAAUGUCUUCAGCAAAAGUUGUGAUAGUUUAUGGAGACCACAACUCGCCCAUAAAGUUUGUCCUAUUUUUGUGGAAAUCUCAAGGCAUUUUUAGAAUUUGGGUUAGUGUGUCACAAUUUGACAUGAUCACACCUCUAGGAGAUUUCAUGCUAUACUCCGCCUCUGGGACAUUAAUUUUUUCACACCAGCAAUCUGAACUGUCUGGUUUUGAAAAAUUUAUCAAAACAGUAAAACCUUCAAACUACAGUAGUGAAUUUUCUUUUGCUAAACUAUGGUGGACAUAUUUUAGAUGUUCUUCUUUGCCACCAUCUAAUUGUAAGAAACUGAAGAAUUGUCCCACCAAAACUGUAUUUAGAUGGUUAUUCAUGACACCACUUGGAAUGGCCAUGAGUGAUACCUGUUAUAACUUAUACAAUGCUAUAUAUGCUGUAGCCCACUCACUCCAUGAGAUGCUGCUGCAACAAGUAGACACAUGGUCAGAAAAUGCUGGCAAGGAACUGGAAUUUGACUCUUGGAAGAUGUUUUCUAUUCUGAAGACAAUGCAAUUUGUAAAUCCUGCUGGAGACCUAGUUAACAUGAACCAGAAUUUGAAACAGGAAAGAGAGUAUGACAUUUUCUAUAUAAUGGAUUUUCAAAAAGAUUAUGGACUUAAAAUGAAAAUAGGAAAAUUUUCAGGUCAUCUUCCAAGUCAUCAACAGCUAUAUAUGUCUAAGGAAAUGAUAGAAUGGGCUACAGAUAUGGAUCAGAUUCUACCCUCAAUAUGUAGUAUGCCUUGCAGACCAGGACUCAGAAAAUCCCCGCAGGAAGGAAAGGAUAUAUGCUGUUUUGUUUGUAACCCCUGCCCUGAAAAUGAAAUUUCGAACAUGACAAAUAUGGAUCAGUGUGUGAAAUGUCCAGAAGAUCAAUAUGCCAAUGAAGACCAUACUCUCUGUCUCCAAAAAAUUGUGGCUAUUUUAGAUUAUAGAGACCCUUUGGGAAAGGCUCUGGCUGGCUUUGCUCUAUGUUUCUGUGUUAUUACAUCUGGUGUUCUUUGCAUCUUCCUGAAACACAGAGAAACUCCCAUAGUCAAAGCCAAUAACCAAACUCUCAGUUAUGUCCUACUCAUUUCCCUCAUAUUUUGUUUUAUCUGUUCCUUGCUUUACAUUGGUCAUCCCACUAUAGUCAUCUGUGUCCUGCAGCAGAGCACAUUUGCCAUUUCAUUCACUGUGGCUGCCUCUACUAUCUUGGCCAAGACAAUUACUGUAGUACUGGCCUUCAAGGUCACUGUCCCAGGAAGAAUGAGAUGGCUGCUUGUGGCUGGGGCGCCCAAAUACAUCAUUCUUAUAUGCACCAUGAUUCAGCUGAUUCUCUGUGGAGUCUGGCUGGGAACUUCCCCUCCAUUUGUUGAUGCUGAUCUACACAUGGUACAUGGCCACAUCAUCAUUGUUUGCAACAAAGGUUCAGUGAUUGCCUUCUACUUUGUCCUUGGUUACAUGGGCUCUAUUGCUCUAGCAAGUUUCACUGUAGCUUUCUUGGCCAGGAAUCUGCCUGAUACAUUCAAUGAAGCCAAGCUCUUGACAUUCAGCAUGCUGGUGUUCUGCAGUGUCUGGGUCACAUUCAUCCCUGUCUACUACAGCACCAAAGGAAAGACUAUGGUUGCUGUUGAAGUUUUCUGUAUCUUGGCCUCAAGUGCAGGGCUUCUUCUUUGCAUCUUUGCCCCAAAAUGUUAUAAUAUUUUAUUAAGACCAGGGAAAAAUUCUUCUCAUAUGUUCAAGAAACUACAUGCUAAAACUGAAAAUAUAAUUUAA